AUGGAAGGGGACAACCACACCCAGGUGACCGAGUUCCUCCUCCUGGGUCUCUCCCAGGACCCCAGGGAGCAGCAGGUGCUGUUCCUCCUCUUCCUCUCCAUGUACCUGGUCACGGGGCUGGGGAACCUGCUCAUCGUCCUGGCCAUCGUCAUGGACCCCCGGCUCCACACCCCCAUGUACUUCUUCCUGGCCAACCUGGCCUCUGUGGACGUCUGCUUCACCUCCACCACCGUCCCCAAGAUGCUGGCCAACCACAUGAGUGGACGCCAGGGCAUCUCCUACGCGGGCUGCCUCACCCAGAUGUUCUUCUUCAUUCUGUACAUCUGUACCGACAGCUUCCUGCUGGGGGCCAUGGCGUAUGACCGUUAUGUGGCCAUCUGUCACCCCCUGCACUACGCCACCCAGGUGACACCCUGGGUGUGCGGGCUGCUGGUGGCCGCCUCCUGGGCAGGCGCCCUGGGGAACAGUGUGGUCCACACUGUCCUCAUGGCCGGAUUGUCUUUUUGCAGCCACAACCGGGUCCCCCACUUCUUCUGCGACGUCAGCCCACUGCUGAAGCUGGUCUGCUCAGACACUUCGGUCAUCCUGGGGGUGCUAAACACGGUGGGUGCCCUACCCCUGUUCGUGCCCUUCCUGGGGAUCCUGGGUUCCUACGCCCGCAUUGGCAGGGCUGUUUUGGGGGUGUCCUCUGGCCACGGCUGGAGGAAGGCCUUGUCCACCUGUGGCUCCCACCUGGCUGUGGUGGCCCUGUUCUAUGGGACCCUCAUCGGGGUCUACUUCAACCCCGUGACCACCCACUCAGCCCGGAGGGACACUCUAUCCGCCGUGAUGUACACGGUGGUCACCCCCAUGCUGAACCCUUUCAUCUACAGCCUCCGAAACAGGGACAUGAAGGGGGCCUUGAUGGGUCUCAUCGGCAGGAAGUUAGUGUUGACCAAGUGA